CACCUUUUUGCUCUUUGGAAUUGUAACCAGAAAAAACGAGUGUCUAGAAUUAAAUAAUGGUGUGAAAUUAUUUGAAAUUAAAGCGAUAAAUUGGAGAAUUCAAAACAAACAUAUUCAAUAAUAAGUAAGUUUACAGAAGGUAACCUAUAAAUAAUGGAUGAAUAUUCAAGAGAACCUUGUCCUUGGCGUAUAUUAGAUGACUCCGGCGGUGCUUUCAUCAUGGGAGCUAUCGGAGGUGGCAUAUUUCACUCCAUUAAAGGUUUUAGAAAUGCUCCAGUUGGUUUCAACAGAAAAAUGCUUGGAAGUUUAGCUGCGAUUAAGGAAAGAUCACCUAUAGUAGCUGGUAACUUUGCAGUAUGGGGUGGUAUGUUCUCCACAAUAGAUUGCUCUCUUGUAUACUUAAGACAAAAGGAGGACCCUUGGAACUCUAUAAUGAGUGGGGCGCUGACUGGAGGGAUUCUUGCUGCUAGAAAUGGUGUACCUGCGAUGGCUGGCAGUGCAUUAGUGGGUGGUAUCCUAUUAGCACUGAUUGAGGGCAUUGGAAUAAUGUUCACCAGACUUUCAGCUGAGCAAUUCAAACCCCAGCAGCCAAUAUUCGAAGAUCCUUCAAUAUUAGGACAAAGUCAAGGACAGAGCCAAUCCUUCCAAUAGGGAAACAUUUGUUUAGUUUUAAAUUUGAUUAAUGUGUACAAUGGGAGAGAAAAUGGGUAAACAAUAUGAUGUCAAGAAAACUAUUGCUUAUAUUAAACAUAAACUAAAAGUUAUUUUAUACAAAAGUUUCCUCAUUCUUAAUGGUGAAUGGUAUUUCUAUACAGUUUUGUCAUACUACUUUCUUUUAUUCCUAUAAUGGAAUGUAAAAGAUAAGACUGGUUGAAUUUAUUAGAUGGUUUCGAUUAUUCAGAUAUGAGAUUAUUUAGUUACAGAUUAUAUGUGCUUAGAAGCUUUUCUGACGGCAGAUACUAAGCAAAUGAGUGCAGAUUGUAGGAGAUAAGUGUGGAAUCAUCAGCAAGCUUGUGCACUGUUUACCCAUUUUUGACAUAUUUGAGUGAGGAAUUAUUUUCUGUGAUAUCAGUUGUCCACUGUCUAUGCUCAGUGAAUAUUCAACUUUAUCAUAAUUGUUUAUGGUAAAAAGAAUAUUACAAAAAUAUCUAUGACAUAUUGCAAGUAAAUGAUUCAACAUAUUUAUUUGUUUCCCAUAUAGUUGAUCAUGUUUUAUAGAUAAGAGAUUUAUGUUGAUUACAGUUGUGAAGACUUAUUUACUCCAUCUUCCAAUUUGCAUCACAUAAAUUCUCAAUAAUACUAUAAAAACAUCAAAUUGUUUGCAAUAUGCCAUAUUUAAAAUGUUUUUUUUUUUCUAUUAGAAAUAAAGGAUGGUUUUA